AUGGCAAUGAGCGAGCUCAGCUCCGACACCUCGUCGACGUCCUCCUACUCGUCCGACCCCUCCACGUCGUCCACCAGCCCGCGCGCCGCGCCCUGCUCUGACGCCCCACCAGCCGGCGGCGGCCGUGCCGGCAAGAAGCGCCCGCGCUCAAACGAUGGCGGCGGCAGCGGCUCCGCCCCUGCGUACCGCGGCGUCCGCAUGCGCGCGUGGGGCAAGUGGGUGUCGGAGAUCAGGGAGCCCCGCAAGAAGUCCCGCAUCUGGCUGGGAACCUUCCCGUGCCCGGAGAUGGCGGCGCGCGCGCACGACGUCGCCGCGCUCAGCAUCAAGGGCACGCGCGCCGUGCUCAACUUCCCGGACCUCGCAAGCCACCUCCCGCGCCCGGCCUCCCUCGCCCCGCGCGACGUCCAGGCCGCCGCCGCGCGCGCCGCCCUCAUGCACUCCGCCGCCGGCAGCGGUGGCUCUUCUUCGCCCUCCUCGUCCUCGUCCUCCUCAUCGCACGACGCGCCGGCCGCGCCGGCGGACGACGACGGGAAGCGAGCUGGCGCCGCCGCGCACGACGAGCCGGAGCACGAGCCCGAGACUCAGCCCGAGCGGCAGCCAGCGCAGACCGUAGGGGUGGCCGCCGAGCUGGUGUUCGACGAGCUGGCGCCGCUGUGGGUGGAGGACGUGGUGGAGUUUGGGCCGUCCGAUCACACGUGGACGCCGUGCGAUGGGCUCGACGCCACUGUCGGCUUCCUCCACCCUCUCCCCCUCCUGUGGGACUACUAG